AUGAGAAAUCAGUCAAAAAUAAAUGAAUUGUUCCUCUCUGGAAUUUCGGCCCAUGCAGCUCUACAGCUCCCUCUAUUUCUGAUCUUCCUUGUCAUCUACCUUCUGACAAUAAUCUGGAAUUCUCUGAUCAUUGUCCUCAUAGUCACCGAUUCUCACCUCCAUGUUCCUAUGUAUUUCUUCCUCGGGAACCUGGCCGGCAUAGACCUCUGUUUUUCCUCGGUCACCGUCCCGCGAAUGUUAUUUGACCUUCACACCAAGACAAGAAACAUUUCCAUAAAGGCUUGUAUAACCCAAUUCUUCUUCUUUAUAUUCUUUGCCGGUUGUGAAGAUUGUCUUCUGUCUGCCAUGUCCUAUGAUAGAUAUACCGCCAUUUGUCGGCCAUUACAUUACACACAGAUCAUGAGUUGGAAAGUGUGUGUACAGUUGAUGACAAUUGUGUGGUGUCUCGGUUUUAUCCAUUCUUAUAUUCACACACUUAAUGCAUCCAAUUUAACAUUUUGUGGAUCAGAUAUUAUAGAAAGUUUCUUCUGUGACCUUCCUCAAUUGUUUAGGAUCUCCUGCAGUGACAUCUCCAUCAACGUUCUACUCAUCUUCCUCGUGGGUGGCUUCCUUGCAGUUGGGUCUCUAAUACUGACCAUCCUGUCCUAUGUCUAUAUACUCAAAACUGUUCUUAAAAUACAAACUAAAGGCAAUAGAAGUAAAAUUUUCUCUACUUGUACCUCUCACCUGACAGUGAUGUUUUUAUAUUAUAUCUCUGGAUUGUUCAAUUAUUUUUGGCAAUGUGCUGGUCAUACAUUUUCUGGUGACAAAAUUGUAGCCGUUUUUUACGCGGUGAUCCUUCCUCUCCUCAAUCCUCUCGUUUACAGUCUGAGGAACCAGGAAAUCAGAACAGCAUUUCAACGUGUUUUCAGGAAGAUCUUACCGCCGAGAUAGAGACAAAGAAAGAUACGAAAGUACCUUCCUAUGUAUGACCUAUAUAAGAAAUCCUUUGAGCAAAUCGUUAUUUUAAUGUGCAUCUCUAGUCAGACUUUUUUUUAUUUUUUUCCAUUUGAAUAGA